CAGAUGUGCUUAAAUUAGCUUCUUUGAGUUAUUUUUUCCAGUACAGAGUGAUAAUAGGGGAGCUUAUUUUUCCCUUUGUGGGUAAGAGGUUUUCCAGCCCCUUCCCUUCCCUGUCACUGCUAUUGUAUUCUGCGUUUAAACGUUGGCAACCCAUUUGAUUAUUUCAAAUUAAGCACUUCUAAGUGGGCUGCCCUGCAAGUGAGGUGUCAUUUAAGGAGCUGUGCAAAUGAUGAACUUAUUAUUAAGAUAAAAGAAGCGAGAUCUCGCAGAUCACUUAGCAAGUCAGGAACUGCUGGGCUCAGGAGUGGGGUGGCUGCAGUGUUCCCGGGAGAACAAUGGGAUUCUUUCCCCGUGGCCCAGGAUCCUGACACGUUCCUACCCUCCACCUCUCAGCAGUGCAGCUCUGGGGGCUGAACAAAGAGCUGCUGCAGCCUGGGAGCGCUCAGGGAGCUGAAAUUAGAGCAGGUGCUCCAGUGUCACGAUGCACGUGGGGACUUUGGGAAGAGGAGCUGUGGAGGAGUGAGGAUCCUCCCCUCGGCACUCCUGGAGUUCCUGGGGAGCGUGGGCUGCUGCCAGUGCUGGAGUGUGGAAGAAUUCUGGGGUGCUCAGCCUGUCCCCCUGCUCACCUGGGCAGCCCUGAGCUCUCCAGGGGCUGAGACAGUCCCAGCAGGGAUUUCCUGGCCCUGUGGGAGCCCCGGGGUGAGCCACUGUUCAGUUGUCUCAAACCCUUGAUGUAGAAUCACAGAAUAUCCUGAGUGGGAAGGGAUCCACAGGAAUCAUCAGUCCAGCUCCUGCCCUGCACAGACACGCCAACAAUCAGAUCAUAGAUAUUUUAUUCCAGAACAAAUAAAAGAGCGAUGGUUUUGGGUUUGAGUUGAAUCUAGCGUAGACUAUUCCUGAACAUUUGGAGGUCCUGGAUUUAACUUGUGUCCAAAAGCGUAGCAGGUAAAGGUUGAGAGGGGAAUGGGGGUAGACAUUCAUCAGUGUGAAAGCCCCAAUGAGAUGUAAGCGUUAGGUGAGGUACAGAAGGUGAGGUACAGAAGGUGAGGUGACCCCUCCCAUCUGUGUUUGGCAGAUGGACCCGUCGUCGCCGCCCUUCCUGCUGGCCAAGCUGACGCCGCUGCACUCGGAGCAGCUGCUGCAGGGCCUGAACGUGCUGCGGCAGCAGCGGGAGCUGUGCGACGUGGUGCUGCGCGUGGGCGAGGCCAAGGUGCACGCGCACAAGGUGGUGCUGGCCAGCAUCAGCCCCUACUUCAAGGCCAUGUUCACGGGCAACCUGUCGGAGAAGGAGAACGCCGAGGUGGAGUUCCAGUGCGUGGACGAGGCGGCGCUGCAGGCCAUCGUGGAGUACGCCUACACCGGCACCGUCUUCAUCUCGCAGGACACGGUGGAGUCGCUGCUGCCCGCCGCCAACCUGCUGCAGGUCAAGCUGGUGGUCCAGGAGUGCUGCGCCUUCCUGGAGAGCCAGCUGGACCCCGGCAACUGCAUCGGCAUCUGGCGCUUCGCCGAGACCUACGGCUGCCACGAGCUCUACCUGGCCGCCAGCAAGUUCAUCUGCCAGAACUUCGAGGACGUGUGCCAGACCGAGGAGUUCCUGGAGCUGACGCACUCGGAGCUGGACGAGAUCGUGUCCAACGACUGCCUGAACGUGGUGACGGAGGAGACGGUGUUCUACGCCCUGGAGGCCUGGGUCAAGUACGACGUGCAGGAGCGCCAGAAGUACCUGGCGCGGCUGCUGCACUGCGUGCGCCUGCCCCUGCUCAGCGUCAAGUUCCUCACCCGCCUCUACGAGGCCAACCACCUCAUCAGGGACGACCACACCUGCAAGCACCUGCUCAACGAGGCCCUCAAGUACCACUUCAUGCCCGAGCACAGACUGUCCCACCAGAGCAUGCUGCUGACGCGGCCCCGCUGCGCCCCCAAGGUGCUCUGCGCCGUGGGGGGCAAGGCGGGGCUCUUCGCCUGCCUGGAGAGCAUGGAGAUGUAUUUCCCCCAGACGGAUUCGUGGAUCGGGCUGGCCCCUCUCAGCAUCCCCCGUUACGAGUUUGGGAUCUGUGUGCUGGAGCAGAAGCUCUACGUGGUGGGAGGCAUUGCCACCCACGUGUGCCAGGGCAUCAGCUACAGGAAGCACGAGAGCUCAGUGGAGUGCUGGGACCCUGACACCAACACCUGGAGCUCCCUGGACAGGAUGUUUGAGAGCCGCAGCACGCUGGGCGUGGCCGUGCUGGCGGGCGAGCUCUACGCCCUGGGGGGCUACGACGGCCAGUCCUACCUGAGGAGCGUGGAGAAGUACAUCCCCAAGGUCAAGGAGUGGCAGCUGGUGGCCCCCAUGAGCAGGACACGGAGCUGCUUCGCUGCUGCAGUGCUGGAUGGGAUGAUCUACGCCAUCGGGGGGUAUGGGCCUGCCCACAUGAACAGCAUGGAGCGCUACGAUCCGAGCAAGAACUCCUGGGAGACCGUGGCCUCCAUGGCUGACAAACGGAUAAACUUUGGGGUGGGGGUCAUGCUGGGCUUCAUCUUCGUGGUGGGGGGACACAAUGGGGUGUCCCACCUGUCGAGCAUCGAGAGGUACGACCCCCACCAGAACCAGUGGACGGUGUGCCGGCCCAUGAAGGAGCCCAGGACAGGCGUGGGGGCGGCGGUGAUCGACAACCAGCUGUACGUGGUGGGCGGGCACUCGGGCUCCUCCUACCUGAACACGGUGCAGCGCUACGAGCCCAUCUCGGACUCGUGGCUGGACUCGGCGGGGAUGCUCUACUGCCGCUGCAACUUCGGCCUCACGGCGCUCUGAGGGUGCUGAGCCCGGAGCUGAGACUGCUGCACCCGAGCUCAACCGGAGCUGAGACUGCUGCACCCGAGCUAAGCUGGGCAGAGCUGAGAUUGCUAAACCCGGAGCUGAGCCCAGAGCUGAGCUGGGCAGAGCUGAGAUUGCUGAACCCGAGCUGAACCGGACCUGAGGCUGUUGAACCGGAGCUGAGCCCAGGGAGCUGGAGCUGAGCCCAGAGCUGAGCCUGCUUCACCUGAGCUGAGCUCAAGCCAAGCCUGGCUCUGAGCCCAGAGCUGAGCCUGGCUCUGACCCCGGCGCUGAGCCCAGGGAGGCGGAGCUGAGCCCAGAGCUGAGCCCAGGGAGGCGGAGCUGAGCCCAGCCCUGAGCCCAGAGCUGAGCCCAGGGAGGCGGAGCUGAGCCCAGCCUGGCACGGCAGCUCGGAGGAGCCGCUCCUGCCCCGUUCCCUCUGUUCCAGCCGUGGCACAGGCUGCAGAGCUCAGUGCCAGCUCCUGCUCGUGGCAGUGGCUUUGGCAGAGAGCUGGCAUCCAGUUGGGAAUGUGUCCAUCCAACCCUUCCUAGAGCUUUUGUCUCUUCCUCCUCCUCUGGAGUGUGGAGCUCCCCGUGCUGGGGGAAGCUGGGGGAGUGCAGGGGUGAGUGUGGGGGUGCUGGCCCCUGGCUGUGUCUGCACAGGGGGUUUUUUAUGACCAGUAACUCAAGGGCUGCCUUGUUUCUGUAUCUCAAGGUUUGUACAUAAUAAAUGCCAUAGGAUGUUGCCUGUA